AUGCCCAAACACCACAACCACUAUCUCGCUAUUCCACAGGCGGAACUGUGCAGCGACGAGUUUGCGAGAAACGAAGAUAAGAAAGAUGACCUGAGCAAGUUGAGGGACGAAUUCGUGAUUCCGACAAAGGGCGACCUAAGGAACAGGAAUUUCGGGUUUCAGCUGAACGGAAAAACUGCGACUACGCGCAAAGACGACGGCGAAGAGUCCAUAUACUUCUGCGGCAACUCCCUGGGACUCCAGCCUCGGAGGACCAAGGAAUAUGUAAAUCGCUACCUGGAUACAUGGGCAUCUAAGGGUGUGUUUGGCCAUUUCACUGAUUAUGAGGGAGGCUUGCCGCCAUGGCUACACAUUGAUGAUGCGAUAAAACAACAGACCGCGAAAAUAGUCGGUGCACUGUCUACCGAAGUCGUCGUAAUGGAGACAUUGACUGCAAACCUGCAUUUGCUUAUGGCAAGUUUCUAUCGACCGACCAAGGACAGAUACAAGAUCAUCAUCGAGGGCAAGGCGUUUCCCAGCGAUCAUUACGCGGCUCUUUCUCAGAUUGCCCACCACAACCUCGACCCGUCUGCGCUUGUUACCAUCGACCCGCCCUCUGCCUCCUCACCUUACCUCUCCAACGAACAUAUCCUCUCAGUCAUAUCACACCACGCGCCUACAACCGCACUAGUGUUGUUGCCUGGUAUUCAGUUCUACUCGGGCCAGUUCUUCGAUAUAGAGCUCAUAACGCGUCACUGCCGAUCGCUGGGUAUUACAGUGGGCUGGGAUCUUGCGCAUGCAGCCGGAAAUGUGCCGCUGAAGCUACACGACUGGAACGUAGACUUCGCAGCGUGGUGCAACUACAAAUAUAUGAACGGUGGUCCAGGAGUCAUCGGUGGACUCUUCGUACACGAGAGACAUGGAAAGGUGGAGCAAGUAUCUGCAGCUCGAACAGACGGCACAAACGGCGUAGCCAGUAACGGUACAGAGCUCGCCUAUCGACCACGGCUGAGCGGCUGGUGGGGAAGCGAUAAGAGCAGUCGAUUUCGAAUGGAAAACAAGUUCGUUCCCAUUGCUGGCGCAAGCGGAUUUCAACUCAGCAAUCCCAGCGCACUGGAUAUGACUUCCGUCAUGGCAUCGACAGACGUCUUUGCGUUGACAAACAUGGACGCGCUACGUCAACGUAGCCUUAAACUGACCGCAUACCUCGAAGCGCGACUCCUCAAGUACGAUGGAGAGCCACCAUACAAGAUAAUCACACCCGCAAACCCGGCUGAACGGGGCGCGCAGCUCAGUGUACUUCUGAACCCGGGGUUACUGGAUAAAGUCCAGCACUACAUAGAAGAGCGUGGCGUCGUCGUUGACGAAAGAAAGCCUGACGUUCUGCGCGUUGCGCCUGCGCCACUAUACAACUCCUUCCACGACAUCCAUCGAUUCAUUACGGUCUUCCACGAAGCUUGUCGCAAAGCCCUGAAGGGCAAUGUGCAGCAGGGCGCGCAUAACGACAACGUACCCCAAGGAAUUGCUACUGUAUGA